GGUGUGUUCAUUGAUUUGAGGGUGAAUGGUGGUGGUGGUUCUCACCCAAGUGCAGAUUCCAAGGCUUUCUAGAACCCAAGAAUAAUACACUGAACCAUGUUUAUAAGAAAUCUGGGCAUAAUCAACAAGGACUACCGGUAGUGAACCAGCAGAAUACAUGGUGUAGCUGAACAAGGAGAUAUAUUUUACUGUGUUGCUCUUCACAUCAAAAGUCAUCUGGCAUCGAGAAAGAACUCAAUGGUCCUUUGAAUGUUGCUGCAAAUUUACAGUUUUCUAUUACUUAGUUUGCAUACUCUUUGAAAAUACCUGUGGUAGAAUCUUGAUCCUAGGUUUGACACUGUGCUCAGCACUGUACUUUGGAGAGUGCAACUGCCAAUGGGGACAAACUCUUAACUUCGAUUGGGGAUAUUGUUUGCUUUGUAUGUCUUGAAUUCUGCUGGCAAUGAAAGCAGGAUUUGAUAUCAGCUUAAGAAAUAAUGGAAAAUGUGAAAUGAUAUAGGUUGCCAGGAUGCACACCUAACUCAGUUGGCACAUGACUGUCUACAACCUGGAAUUAUUUAUUUCGGAUUGCUAUUUUGAGUAUUGCCAGUUAGAUCAGAAGAAGAGACUGAUGAUCUAUAUAAAGGUUUUCAUGGCUAUUUCCACAACCACUUUACUCUGACAUUGGACUUUUAUCUCACUUUGUACGUUUACCACAUCACUGUAAUCCUGAAAGAUGUUUACUAGAACAAGGAAACGCUUGACCCUCAAGAAUAAGAAUUCGUGCAAUGAUCUCGGAGCUGAGCUAUCCAGGGUGGUAGGGGAAUUAGAAUGUGCAAUGGAGGGGCGUAAGGUCGGGGAUGUCUUCCGCAAGCAUAUAGAAUCUGCUGAACAUGAGGUAGAGAAACUCGCCGAAGCAUCAGAAGACAUCAAACAGAGGACGUUACAGGCUGUUCAAGAGGUGGAGAGCCUAGACUUGGACAGCAUCGAGGCCCAGUCCCCUCAGAGCCAUCGGACCACACCCAACGGUCACUUCAACCACCAUCAGCUCCACCUGGAGACCAGAAGAAGGAGCUCCCUGGAGCAGGAGGUGACUCUCUUGAGGGAGGAGAAUGAGACUCUCAACUCAUCGCUAAGCAUGAAGGAAGAGGAGAUGCAUAAGCUGAAAGCAAGCUUCAUGGGAAUCAGGGAUGAGAGAGAUAAACUCAGGAAAAAGGUUAGAGAGCUUCAAAGCAUACUCCAUGCCAACAACCAGAAACUUGGUGGAUACACCUCAUCAUCCUCCGCAGAACAACUCAACUCACCCAACCCUCGACACUCGCCCAGAAACUCACCCGGUCCUUCACCAUCUCAAUCCGCCCACAAUGUCAACCCCAGCACCGGUGAGCUUAGCCUGACCGGGAGUGACCGCAGGACGGACAUCCCUGUUGCAAAAGUAGCAGAGCGGGUCAGGUUAAAGCCCUCAAGAUCGGCCAGUAGUAGUAGCAAGAGUAGCAGUGACCGCUGUGUCCUGGGGUCGGAUAUCAGUAAUAUAGGGAUCACAAAUCCCAAGGUAGCUGAGCACCUGGCCCAGACUUUACAAUCCUGCUCCAGUAUGCAAGAGAUCCUCCAAACCUUAACAUCCUACGGCCUCUCCAUCCCAGAGCAUAAGGCUCGCGAGAUAGAGGUAGACUUGGAAAGACUUACCAGUAAAAUUGAACACUUGAGGUGCCAGAACGAUGUUCUGCAGCUUUCGCUUGAAGAAAGCAAGUCCAAUGCUGACAGGCUGACCAUGCUGGUUGGCAAGUAUGAGUCAAACAACACCGCAUUGCAGUUAGCGGUCAACUACAGCGAGCAAACCAUUGAGGCACUGGAAGUUGUCUUCGCAUUGAAGGAGAGUGAACAAUCCGUGCUUCUAGCUAACUGCAAAGCUGCAGGAGUUGGUCUAGAAAGCUCAGAAGGAUCCGGGGAAGACUCAGAAGAGACGACUUCAAUGUUGAAACGCGUCCAUGACAAUCGUAAAGUAUCGGAGAAUGUUGCUAAGGCCUUGUUGCAGAGAUUGGACAGAAGCUGUGGUACGAUGGUAUGCCAUGUUCCAUUACAACCUUGGGAGGAUCUCUCAUCUCAUAGUCAUACAAGCACCACAAGUUCAACGGCAAGCAGCUGCGAUACAGAGUUCUCAAGAGAGGACGAGCAGCGUCUCCGUGAUUACAUCCAGCAGCUGAAGAACGACAGGGCGGCAGUCAGGCUGACUGUCAUGGAGUUAGAAUCGGUUCAUGUGGAUCCCAUGAGCCAGGAAUCAACUCCCAGCGGGGACAGCCAGAGACUGGACCUAGAGAAUGCAGUACUCAUGCAGGAACUCACAGCUCUCAAGGAGGAGAAGGCAGAGCUUAAAGCACAGUACUACCUCCUGGACAAGGAGAAGAAGACCCUGGAGCUGAAGCUGAGUUCCAGGGAAGCUCAGGAGCAGGCAUACAGGGUUCAGAUAGAUCAUCUGAAAUCAGAGGUCAAAGAUUCACUGAGUUCACCAUGGGAGGAGCAGUCAUCAUCGCUAGGAAGACAUAGGAUAGAUGUCAUGAUGAGGAACGGAAAGGUGGAGACUGAUCACCACUCGCGGCAGGGUUCAACCAGCAGCAGUGGCGGAGGACCUGGAGGAGGAGGGGGUACCACUCCAGCCAUCACCCUGGCUGAGCUGAGCAUGCUAGAGGAUCCAUCCCUCCAGGUCAACGCGGCUGAGAUGCUCCGGAGGGAGAAACGUCUCAAGGCUCGCAUCCAGGAACUGGUUAUGACCCUAGAGAAGCUACAGAAGAACUCUGAGAUGAGGCACCAACAGUCGGCAGAGUUUGUGGCUGACCUUAAGAGAGCUAACAGUGCUUUGGUGACAGCGUAUGAGAAAGCUAAGAAGAAGCAUCAGAGUAGACUGAAGAAGUUAGAAGCUCAGAUGAUGGCCAUGGUUGAGAGACAUGAUACACAGGUGCGCAUGUUAAAGCAAAGGAUAGCACUAUUAGAAGAAGAGAAUCACGCAUCUAGACCGCCCCAUAACGAGACAUCAUUAUGAGAUACAUGGACCCUGUCUAGCUGACCCAAAUUGGAUUCUUGAGAUAUGAAGGAAAGCAUUCAUGGUGCGAUCUGUUAUUGUUAUUUUACUGACAUCAGCUUCUGAAAUCUUUGUAUCUGAUUUCAUAAAGCUCUUCUUCGGAUAAUAAUUUGUAAAGAGCAUUGAGCAGAAAUGGACCCUUUAAAAGUACAGCAUCGAUGGAGGAUACAACCUAGUCCAAAUGAAUUUUUCUUUUGCAAGGAGCACUUUCUUUGACUUAAAUCAUCUCUAAUGGACCUGCUCUUGAAUUGAAAACAUGCUUGAAGACAGUGGCAGACACAUGCUGAGUUAAUGAGUACAAGAGAUAGAAGAUGAACUCCUUUUUUUAUGUGGCUUAUAUUUUUUGUAACAUUUUAUUUAAUGAAAUAUUGCUAUGUUUUUAAAAGAAUGAAAUUUUAAAAUGUGUAAGGCAAUGAAUACAAUGUUUUUAAUGAUAUUUCAUUAUCCAGUAUCCAGACUGUUUUUAAUCUUCCAUCCAUUUCAUUAGCUUUGUCUUCACUCAUUCUAUCAAAUAGUAAGACAUUACUUGAAUAGUCAUCACACUACUAUAGUUUAGCUCGCCAUUUCUGACCACAUAUGUAUUGUGCAUAAAUGCUUGACAUCCUCGAAACUUGUUCGCAUAAAUGCAAGGCUAUCAUGUAACAGACAUUAAUCGGAAUCUGCUGCCAAAAGGGGUUUGACUUGCUUCAAAUGAGGUCAAUACAAAGUUUGUAUAUGUCAAGAUUAUAAUAGAUCUUGGUUAUUAUCAUCCUAAGGCACUGUUACAAACUACCGUCUAAUGAUAGCAUUAUAGAAAGUUGGGUGUUGGUGUAGGUGUUGGUUUUGUUCGCACAAUCAAGGGUCCCGUUACACAGAGGUUUGCAAUUAAUCAAUACACUUGAUUUUCAUGAUUGAUUGUACAUUGUAGUCAAUGCAAUCAGUCUUAGAAAUAUGUUCUGCGAUCAUUGCUAAGCUUUGUGUUACAGGCCCCUGAUCUCAACCUUAGCUGAUAUGGCAAGGCAAUCAAAAUGACUGAUAGAAAAAGGGGUCACCAAUCGUACAUAAAGUUGUGCCUAACUCAUGAACAGCCUUUUGAAACAGGGGCCCCCUGGGUGGCAAUCAAAAUUUCCAAAAUAUAUUCAAAGUUGAAUUUUCCACUACUGGUAUUUGACUCGAAUUAAAGGCAGGUGGUAUCGUAGAUGGUAGUAUAUGACCCUGUUCUUAUCUACUUUCUUAAAUCAGUUUCAUGAUAACCAGCUUAAUGGGUAAUGGGAAUACUCGAAGCGGUUGUGGAAGGCAUCUUAAGUGGUCUGUCAAACCAGUUUUGAAAUCCACAUCACAAUAUGGUUCUGAUAACCGCUUUGCCUCUAUAAAUUUGUUUAAGUGUUGAUGAAGACACCAUACUUAAGGAAGCGAUCUUUUCCCGGAAGUACGAGUGUGUGGGCAUGUCGGGCAUGCUAUUCGGUUAUCACCGAUUAGAAUGCCUGUGCUGCGGUUUGCAACAAGCUCGCUUUACAUGAAGUGGUUCAGGAAAGCAGUUUAAAGGAGUCUUCUUAACUGGUUUAAGGGAAGCCUGUUCAAGAAAGUAGAUGAGAAUGAGGUCUAUAUUUAGAAGUGAAAUGGACAAAGCAACAUCCCCAAUUAUUAUCUGUUUUUCAUAAGAUUUCUACUACUCAUGUUGACCAAAAACAUUGUUCAAACAUACAUCUCAAAGGGAUCAGGCAAACAUAUUUUUGUUUCCUUUCUGGAUGUGUUGUAGUCCUUUUUUGGACACCACAUGAUUUUAUUUUUUUACUAUUUGGUGAGCACAUUCUGAAUUAGAUGUACACAAUGCCAUGUGGCCUUGCCUUUUCAUUUUUUGCUUUAUGUACAGGCAUUUGUCCAAAAAAAAAUCUUAAAAUCAGGGGCCCGUUUUAUCAAGGACUUGGAUCUGUUGUAACUUUGCCAUUAUGGCAACUACCAUGGAAACCUUGAUUAUGAUUGCUGAGCCCUGUUACCAUGGUAGUUGCCAUAAUGGCAAAGUUACAACAGUUGCAAAUCCUUUAUGAAAAGGGCCCCUAGUGUGUUGUUAUUGUCAUGAGCUCACUUUUAUUUCAAGUUUGUAUUUUCAAUAAACUGGAAUAACUUAUUCUUAAGGUUUUAGACAAGAUAUGAGAUUAAUAACCAGUGAAUUUAAGCAUUCAACAUGAUACUAGCACUUCACUGGAUUGGAAUUGGCAGUCCUAGAAUAUGAAAUAUCUAUCAUGUAUUCCUCUUGACUUUUUUUUUCUUUAUUUUUAUUUCCUCUUCCUCUUGACACUUUUGCUUGGAUUUGUUUUCAAAAGACAUUGAUGACUUUUCUGAAUAUUCUAUUUACUGACUAUUUUCUGUCAUGCUUUGAUCUUGCCCUUUUCUCUCCAAUGUUUUAAUGACUAAAAAGACUUGAUUAUUUCUGUCCCUUGUAUAAAUGAAUUUGGUUUGUGUAGAUAAGUAGUACUGGAAUUUCAGACUUUUUUUGGGGGGGAGUUGAAUUUGAGGUAUACCAAAUAUAGACGCUGUAGUAGUCAACAAUUUGAUCAGGGGAGCGUUUCAUGAAAGGACUUGUCGGACGUUUUAACCGACAAGUCCUAUUUUAUCCGACAGUUACUAUAGUAACAGUGCUUCUUAACCAAUCAGAAUCCAGGAAAGUUGUCAGAUCCGACAACUUGUCGGACGAAAAUAUUGAUGAAACGCCCCCCGGAAGAUUAAAUAAAAGUCUGCAGAAUUAGAGCAAGUGAUGAUUGACAUUUUAGAUCAAUAUUGUUGGCACUUAAACUAAAUUUUCUUGUAGUAUAUCAUAUGAUCCAUAUCAAUUGUAAGUCAGUGGCAAACCAUAUCCUGAAUAGUGACAAUUGAUUAUAUCUCUUUGAGGUUUCAGGGUACAAUAUGUUAGCUGUAGUCGUAUUUGGUACCUUGUAAAUUGUCAUGUCCAUUUAGAGGAUCAUGCAGGAUUUCAAGUGACCAUUCUAAGCCCCUUUUAUUUUGUCUAUGGAGAAAGAGUAGGAUUAAAAUGGAAAUAGUGCUGAGUAGACUUCCUGCUGAAAGCCACAGCUGUACAAGUGGCUCAGACUUUUGUUAGGGUACCUGAGCUGAUUUUGAUUUUUUUAAAUUCGAAUUAGCAACCUUGUUGUUGUCAGAAUUAUGUUAUCGUCAACCAAGUACAAUAUGGCUUUCGUCUCCUCAUACGAGAGAUUAGUAUGUUGAAAUGUUGAUACAACCAAAAUGGUUGUUGUAACUUUGUUUGACAGCUUCCUUCUUUUCUUCUUACUAAAAUUACAAAUGUCCAUGACAUUGAAGUCUUCCUGAAAUGUUACUCAGCAUCAUAUUUUCUGUAUGUUGCACAAUAUUUGUGAUUACUUUGAGAGAAAGAAAAAGUUUUUUUAUUAGUUCAUUUUUGCAUAUUAUGUAAUUUCAGUUGAUAAAAUGUCACCUUGAUUUUGUAAGUGAAUCGAUAUUAAGUCCCAUGAUCGAACAUAUUUUUCUUUUUAUAUCAUUUAAUUGGGGUGUAAUUUGCUCAUGUUACAUGUUACUGAAAUGGAAGAAAUAUGACCAUAUUGAGCAAAACAGGGCACUCUUGAAACAUAUACUGGGAGUCAAGUUUAAUGUCAUUAAAAUGUAUUAUUACAUAUGAAGUGGUUCAAUAGUUCUAUACAAAGUUUUAAAAAACAUGAAUAAUAUAUAGAUCAGUGAAUAAAUAUAAACAUUAAAAUAAGAGUAAUAAGGAAUAUACAAGUCUUUCCCUGACUUAUCUAAGAAAUGGGACUUGCACUGGAUAUCGUAAUUUUCUUCAAUUUGGGAAAAGAAUGGGGUUAUAAUCCAUUUUUUAAAGUCCUUAUAUGCCGUGUGUUCAUACUGUAUCAUACCUAAGAUGGUGUAGUCUGAUACACUUAUUGUAAUCUGCCUCUUAUUUGCAUUUCAACUGUUUUUAAUUCUUUUAGACAACACAAGUGAAUGGUGUUCAUGUAUUUUUUUUGGUUUACAAUUUCUUUACAAAGAUUUUGCCUUUUUAUGAUAUUUCACAUGUGCCAAGAAGCAAUUUACUAUCCUUUUUUAUUUCCAUUUUUAUUGCUCUUCCAAUGCUUGGUAUCGUUGUUGAUUUUGCACUGGAAGGGACAAGAUGUUAAGGUAUUUAUUUCAUGUAGGAAAAAUUGGGUUUGAUACUCUCAUAAAAAUAAUUUUUUCUUGACAUUUCUUGAGUUUCAUUUCAUUUAUAGUUUAAAUGUCUUUCAUUGUUCCAUUAUAGAAAAAGUAACUGACUCAAUGUGAAGUUAUUUGGUCAUUGUUUGUGACUGCGCCUGGUAAUUUAUUGUGAUUUAAUAGAGCUAUCUGCUUUGAACAAAUGACAUUUAAGCAGAUGUGGUAGUAUGAAAACUCAAAUGAUUAUGUAAUUUUAUGUAAAUAUAUACAUAGCUAAUCUACAUGAAAUUUAUAUCUAUAUAUAUAUUGUAACCCUGCAUGUUUUAUGUAGGUAUCAUGUUUUGUUGGUUGUUUGUUGGCAUGACUGUUCAAAUAUAUAAGUAACUAUUAUCAUUGGCAAAACUUCAAUGUAUGCAAAACAGACAACGAUGACAGAAAAUAAAAGUGAAAAUUAUUUUAUACUCAUA